AUGGGCGAACAACUGCAAGUUCUUCUCUUUGGAGACCAAACAUUCGAUUAUACUGCCGAACUCCCAGUCUUGUUGCGCGAGAAAGACAAUCCCUAUCUUGUUGCCUUCGUUGAGCGAGUCCAGGUGACGCUGAGGAGAAAUAUUGCGAGGCUGCCGUCGACGGAGCGGAACCUGUUUCCCCCUUUCUCGAGCAUUCAAGAUCUCUUGAUUUGCAUCAAGACGCAGAGGCGGAACACGGUGCUAGAUGGUACUUUGACAUGUUUCUACCAGUUGUGCUCGUUCAUGAGUUUCUUUGGGCAGCAUGAGCAAUCGUAUCCCGACGCCAACGAUACAUACGUCGCAGGGCUAUGCAUUGGCUCGCUAGCCGCCGCAGCCGUGAGCGUUUCACGUUCACUCGGCGAGCUCUGCGACCAGGGGACUGACGCGGUCCUUGUGGCGAUGAGGAUCAGCCUUCGCGCCUACCGAAUGGGCUGUACCAUAAGCGGCGAAGGCCUGGUUGAGGAUGGACAUGCCUUAUGGUCCCACGUCAUACCCCACACUUGCCUUUCCACCGCAGCGGUUGAAGAGGAGCUUUUGGCUUUUAUCAAGGGACAGUGCAUACCUCGACCAUCGGUACCCUACAUAAGUAUGUACAAUCUGGCUAGUGUGACUGUCAGCGGUCCUCCCACGAUUGUCAAUGCAUUUGUCCAAAGCUGUGUUAAGAAGGCUUCGAAGCCGCUCGCCAUUCCGAUCUUCAGCCCGUACCAUGCGCCUCAUCUAUUCAAUACCCACGACGUUCAUGCAGUCCUCGACGGACUCGAGAAGAAUUCUAUGCGGGACUCGCCUAACAUGCGGGUUAUAUCAGGACACCCGGGCGAAGUUAUGUCCGAGGAUACCUUCAAUGACAGACUGGAGGCCGCCGCCCGGGAAAUAUUGUUGUUGCCGUUGGAUGUGAAUGCUAUCUCAUCAAAGCUCGCCCAGCUUGGUCAGACUCUUGGUCACUCGAGAUGUGUUUUGAUGCCGGUUGGAACAAACAUUGCAGGGAGCCUGAUUUCCACCCUCGGGACGGCCGGAAAGGAGUGGUUCACUGUGGACAGUGCAAUGCUCAAGGCGCACAGGAGUAUCACAGAUCACGCAUCCCUCCCCUCGUCUCCAGGGAAUUCAAAAAUAGCCAUUGUUUCUAUGUCUGGGAGGUUUCCCUCGGCCGCGAGCACUGAAGCGUUCUGGGACUUGCUACACCAAGGGCUGGAUGUGCACCGGGAGGUUCCCAAGGACAGGUUCAACGCCAAAGCACACCACGAUGCCUCUGGAAAGCGCAAGAACACCAGCAAGGUGGUACACGGGUGCUGGAUUGACGAGCCAGGACUCUUUGAUCCAAAGUUCUUCAACAUAUCCCCGAAAGAGGCCGAACAGUCAGACCCAGGCCAGCGUCUCGCGUUGCAGACCGCGUAUGAGGCACUGGAGCUGGCAGGAAUCGUUCCUGACAGGACACCUUCGACACGGACGGAGCGAGUCGGCGUGUUCUACGGCAUGACGAGCGACGAUUGGCGUGAGGUGAACAGCGGUCAGAACGUGGAUACGUACUUUAUCCCUGGCGGUAACCGGGCAUUUACGCCCGGCAGGCUCAACUAUUUCUUCAAGUUCAGCGGACCCAGCGUCAGUGUCGACACCGCUUGCUCGUCGUCCCUCGCAGCGAUCCACAUGGCUUGUAACUCUCUCUGGAGGAACGACUGUGACACUGCCAUUGCUGGAGGAACUAAUGUUAUGACAAACCCUGAUAACUUCGCUGGACUGGAUAGAGGGUACUUCCUCUCAAGAACAGGCGGCUGCAAGACAUUUGACGACUCGGCCGAUGGAUAUUGCAGGGCAGACGGCGUGGGCACUGUCGUACUCAAGCGACUCGACGAUGCUGAAGCGGAUAAGGACCCAAUCCUAGGUAUAAUCAUUGGAGCGUACACAAACCAUUCCGCUGAGGCCGCAUCCAUCACCAGGCCACAUGCAGGGGCUCAAGAGUACAUCUUCUCCAAGCUUCUCAACGAGUCCGGCCUCGAUCCCAAGCAAGUCAGCUACGUGGAAAUGCACGGCACGGGAACGCAAGCGGGCGAUGCCACCGAGAUGGCUUCGGUGUUGCAUACCUUCGCCCCGGAUCAUAGUCGCUCGUCGUUGCAGUCUCUUCACCUUGGGUCUGCUAAGGCCAACAUCGGUCACGGUGAGUCGGCUUCGGGGGUCACCUCUCUCAUCAAGGUCCUGAUGAUGAUGCAGAAGAGUACCAUCCCGCCGCACUGUGGCAUCAAGGGUCAGAUCAACCACAAGUUUCCAACCGACCUAAACCAGAGAAAUGUGCACAUCGCACGGGAGGCUAUCCAGUGGAGUCGCCCCGAGCGGGGAGACAACAAGCGUCGCGCCUUCGUGAACAACUUCUCGGCCGCCGGUGGAAACUCAGCUGUUCUUCUUGAGGAUGCCCCGGAUCGGAGGCCAACGGAGGGAUUGGGGCCAGACCCUCGCUCCGUCCACAUGUUCGCUGUAUCGGCCAAGUCGGCGUCGUCACUGAGGCGGAAUCUGAAGAAUCUAGCUUCGUUUGUGGCGGCUGAGGCUGGUGACGACACAAUGCUGCCAAAACUCUCAUACACCCUGACGGCGCGAAGAAUGCACCACCCGUUCCGAUUCGCAGUCACGGCGCGGGACCCAGCACAGCUUGGCCUCGCAAUGGAUGCCGCCGCGGCCAAGGAUGAUUUCAGACGGACUCGCGCAUCCCCCGUUGCCAUAGGCUUUGUCUUCAGCGGCCAGGGAUCACAGUAUCUUGGGAUGGGACGACAUCUGUUUGAACACAACUCUGUGUUCCGGGCCGAAGUGCAGCACCUGGAUGCUGUCUGUUGUGCCCAGGGUUUUGAGGCCGUCUCACCGAUAAUAGGGGGAGGCACUGACGCGUUCCCGGGUCCUGUUGCCACACAACUCGGGACGGCCUGCUUGCAAAUGGCCCUAGCCAAAUUCUGGAGGUCUCUCGGUAUUGAGCCAAGCGUCGUUAUCGGCCACAGCCUUGGUCACUACGCUGCUAUGCAGGUCGCGGGUGUCCUCUCAGCAGCUGACGCGAUCUACCUGAUCGGCACGAGGGCCCGUCUCCUCCAAGAGGCAUGCGUCGAGAGAAGCCACUCGAUGCUGGCCGUCCGGGCGAGCCUCUCGCAGAUCAACCCCUUGCUCGACCCGAAUAAACACGAUAUCGCGUGUGUCAAUGGACCCAAAGAGGUUGUCAUAAGCGCAGAAGAUGCCGAAAUCGCAGAGCUGUCGGACAGACUGAAGCGCAGUCAUAUGAAGGCGACCCGGCUCGACGUCCCUUACGCGUUCCACUCGGCGCAGAUGAAUCCGGUUCUCGACGACUUCGAGAAAUGCGCGUCGGCGGUCGUUUUCCGACCGGCCCGGAUACCCAUUGUGUCCGCUCUGCUAGUUCGAAGCAUUCGCCCGGACGACGAGCAGCCAUUCGGGCCCGAAUAUCUCCGCCGUCACUGCCGCGAGACCGUAUGUUUCUCAGGCGCGCUUCAGGCUGCGAAGUCCGAUGGGUUAAUCGACGACAAUACCGUCUGGAUCGAGAUUGGGCCGCACACGCACUGUUCGUCGUUUGUCAAGUCCACACUGGGGAGCGAAACCAUGACACUUCCAUCGCUUCGUCGAAACGAAGACGGUUGGAAAGUUCUUGCAGAGACGGUAGGCUCACUUUAUUCAUCUGGAGCCACACUGGACUGGGGCGAGUAUCACCGCGACUUUCCGGCCUGUCAACAGGUACUCCCACUGCCGGCCUACAGCUGGGACAACAAGAAGUACUGGAUCCAGUACGUACACGACUGGACCCUGACCAAGGGAGAUGAUCCCGGAUCCAGAGUCACGCAUUCACUACCCGCACCCGUUUCCAAACUUUCCACUGCCUCGGUCCAUCGCAUCGAGCGCGAGUCGGUCGAGGGUAUCACGGUGACACUCACUGCCCAGUCCGACCUGGCCGGCCCGCAGUUGGAAGAAGUCACGCAGGGCCACAAGGUCAAUGGCACGAAGAUGUGCACAUCGUCUCUGUAUGCCGAUAUCGGUCUUACAUUGGGUCAAUAUCUCCUUGAGCAGUAUCGGCCCGACCUUCAGGGUUAUAAGGUGAAUGUCGAGCAUAUGCGUGUAGACAAGUCGUUGAUCCUCCAUGACGGCGGAAAGUGUGAGUUCGAGGUCGGCGUUACAUAUGACGUGGACGGAACCAAGGCCGACAUGGUGAUCCAUAGCGUUGCCCCGAAUAGCUCGAAACCCCAGACGCACGCUCGCUGUACACUGCGCUUCCAGGACAGUCGAGAAUGGACCGAGUGCUGGGAGAAGGACAAAUACUUGAUCCAGAGGAGCAUCCAAUGGCUCGAAGGGCGGGCGGAGGACCGACUCGAUAGCAGGUUGUCCUCAGGCAUGGUCUACAAGCUGUUCUCGUCGCUCGUGGAGUACGGUGCGGCAUACAAGGGCCUACAGAGCGUAUUGCUCAACAGUGCGGACUAUGAAGGGACAGCUCACGUCCAGCUUCAGAGCACCGAAGGAGGCUUCGCGUGGAACCCAUUGUGGAUCGACAGCUUUGGUCAACUGGCUGGAUUCAUGAUGAACUGCCAUCCCUUGACAGCGCCCGACCAGGUCUUCAUCAACCACGGCUGGGAGUCGAUGCGAUGCCUAAAGCCUUUUCACCAAGGUACGGUCUAUCAAAGUUACGUCCGCAUGCGGUGCGUUGAAGGCACAACAUAUCGUGGGGACGUAUACGUCCUGGAACAUGACGUAAUUAUCGCUGUGUAUGGUGGCAUAACGUUUCAAGGAAUCCCUCGUCGGGUGCUCAACAGCAUCCACCCCCCGCCGGGUCUGAAACCGAGCCAGAUCUCGCGACACAAGCAGUCAUCUGCCACUCCACCGACUGCCAGGCUGUCCCACAGGGUUGAACCAACCGCGCCUGUGCUAGAUGAGCGACCUCCUGACGACGUCAUGGCAACUGGUCAAAUGCGACCAAUUCUGCGGAUGCUGUCAGAAGAAAUUGGCCUCCCCCUCACCGCUUUGACCGACGAUCUUGUUUUCAGCGACUACGGUGUUGACUCGCUGCUCUCGCUCACCAUCACCGGCAGGAUCAGGGAAGAACUCAACAUGGACGUCGACUCGUCCAUAUUCACUAGGUGUGAGACAUUGGGACAAUUCAAAGCCCUCUUGAACCUCGACAGUCCUCACGCCACGUCGACCCCAACAACCAGCAGCACGAGCCAAAUCGGACAGUUGACCCCUUUGACCAGUGAUUCUGGGAAAUCACCAACACGUGCUGGCGUUGACGCAUCCCUGAUGAGUAAAAUCAGUGCAACGCUAGCGGACGAGAUCGGGGUCUCCCCGUCCGAAAUCGCAUCAAGUAGCGAUUUGGCAGAGCUGGGUCUGGAUUCCCUGCUCUCAUUGACUGUACUCGGUCGGUUGCGCGAGGAAUGUGAGCUUGACUUGGAAGCUGAUUUCUUCAGCCAACACACAUCCCUCGCCUCCAUCGAGGAAAUCCUUUGUGGUGUUGCCGACGGAAACGUUGCCGGCGAAGAUCCAGACUAUGAUGCCUCGCUCUUCCAAUAUGCCGCCACAUCGACGUUGCUCCAGGGGAGUCCCAAGAAGGCCAAGAACACUCUCUUCCUGUUCCCGGAUGGAUCGGGAUCAGCGACAUCUUACGUAACGAUCGAUGAGGUAGGCGCAGGCACUUGCCUCUGGGGGCUCAGUUGCCCGUGGCUCAAGUCAGCCGAGAAACUUGUCCAGUACGGCUUGAAGGGUCUUGCAUCGCUAUAUGUAGCCGAGAUCCGUCGGCGGCAGCCGCACGGCCCGUACAGCCUCGGAGGCUGGUCAGCGGGCGGCAUCUGCGCGUACGAGGCGGCGCUGCAGCUCACCCGCGAGGGCGAGACGGUCACGCAUCUGAUCCUGCUGGAUUCGCCGGGCCCGAUCGGCCUGGAGAAGCUGCCUCCACGGUUGUUCGACUUUCUCAACGGACAGGGCAUAUUCGGCGAAGAGGGUCGGCGCGCACCGGACUGGCUACUUGCUCAUUUCUUAGCCUUUAUCGACGCACUCGAUGCUUACGAGCCAGUUCCCUGGAGCACAGCGCUACUUGGGACCCCGGGCGAAGCUGCGCUGAUACCAAGGACGCAUCUCAUCUGGGCCGAGGAUGGAGUGUGCAAGCUACCAGGUCACCCGCGUCCUGAAUACCGCGAUGACGACCCCCGGGAGAUGCAAUGGCUUUUGGAGAACCGCACGGACUUCAGCCCGAAUGGAUGGGAUGUCCUGCUAGGGCCAGAGCAGAUCGUCUCCAUUGAGCGGAUAUCCAAUGCUAACCAUUUCACGAUGCUUCGGCGGGGGUCAAGCACGAAGAGGCUGGCGGAGUUCAUUAGACAUGUAUUUACCGACUAA